GGCGCGGGCCGCGGGCAGGAUGGGCCGGGGCGCGCCGCCGCUGCCGCUCCUCCUCCUCCUCCUCCUCCUGCUGCUGCUGCGGCCGGCGCCGGGCGCGGGGGCCGAGCGGCCGCCGCACCUGGUCUUCGUGCUGGCCGACGACCUGGGCUGGAACGACGUGGGCUUCCACGGCUCGUCCAUCCGCACGCCGCACCUGGACGCGCUGGCGGCCGGCGGCGUGCUGCUGGACAACUACUACACGCAGCCGCUGUGCACGCCGUCGCGGAGCCAGCUGCUCAGCGGCCGCUACCAGAUCCACACGGGGCUGCAGCAUGAGAUCAUCUGGCCCUGCCAGCCCAGCUGCCUUCCUCUGGAGGAGAAGCUCCUGCCCCAGCUGCUCAAGGACGCCGGCUAUGCCACCCACAUGGUGGGCAAGUGGCACCUUGGAAUGUACCGGAAGGAAUGCCUCCCCACCCGCCGUGGCUUUGACACCUACUUCGGCUACCUGCUGGGCAGUGAAGAUUACUAUUCCCACGAGCGCUGCACCCCGAUCCACGCCCUCAACGUCACGCGCUGUGCUCUGGAUUUUCGAGACGGCGAGGAGGUGGCGACAGGCUACAAGAACAUGUACUCAACGAACGUGUUUACCGAACGGGCCACAGCCCUCAUUGCUGACCAUCCGCCCCAGAAGCCUCUGUUUCUGUACCUGGCCCUGCAGGCUGUGCACGAGCCCCUGCAGGUGCCCGAGGAGUACCUGAAGCCCUACGACUUCAUCCACGACAAGAAGCGGCAGCACUAUGCCGGCAUGGUGUCCCUGAUGGACGAAGCCGUGGGGAACGUCACCGCAGCCUUGAGGAGCCACGGGCUCUGGAACAACACGGUGCUCAUCUUCUCCACGGAUAACGGCGGACAGACUCUGGCCGGGGGCAACAACUGGCCCCUGCGCGGCAGGAAGUGGAGCCUGUGGGAGGGCGGCGUGCGUGGCGUGGGCUUUGUGGCCAGCCCCCUGCUGAAGCGGAAGGGCGUGAAGAGCCGGGAGCUGCUGCACAUCUCCGACUGGCUGCCGACGCUCGCACGGCUGGCGGGUGCACACACCGGCGGCACCAAGCCCCUGGACGGCUUCGACGUGUGGGACACCAUCAGUGAAGGACGCCCAUCGCCCAGAAUAGAACUGCUGCACAACAUCGACCCGUACUUUGUGGACUACUCCCCGUGCCCCGGGAACAGCGCGAUUCCAGCGCAGGCCAAGCCUUCCCUGCCCGCGUCUCCAGCCUUUAACACGUCCAUCCACGCCGCCAUCAGACACGGGAGCUGGAAGCUCCUCACGGGCUACCCAGGCUGUGGCUACUGGAUCCCCCCACCAUCGCUGCACGGCGCCACAGAGGUGCCCUCCCCGGACCCCCCCAACAAGACCCUCUGGCUCUUCAACAUCGAGUGGGACCCCGAGGAGAGACAUGACCUGUCCCAAGAGUACCCCCACAUCGUGGCCAAGCUGCUGGAGCGCCUGGGCUUCUACCAGAAGCACUCGGUGCCCGUGUUCUUCCCUGCCGAGGACCCCCGCUGCGACCCCAAGGCUACCGGCGCCUGGGGGCCCUGGCUGUAGGGUCCCAGCCAGGCCCCAGCACCUUCCCUCAUUGGCUGCCCCACCCUGCUUUCCUGCAUGUCCGUCGCCGCCCCCACACAUUGACAACGCUGAUGGAUCCGGAGCAGGUGUGCCCAGCCAGCGUCUGUGUCUGUGCCCCUCCUGUGGCCUCCUCCACCCCUCCCCCUGCUGGGCACAGCCUGGAGCUGUGUCCUGGGGGCCGAGCAGCUAUCUCCUGCCCCCCAGCCAGAUACUGGGUUGCCACCCACCAUCACUGGUGUUACUGAGCGACUCCCAUUCCUUGUGACCUCCGUGGAGGCCGUGCCUGUGAGCAGGAGGCCCAUCGGUGUGAGGGGCAGCGGGGUCUCGGGCCUGCACCCUGGCCAUGGUCUAACAGUAAACACGUGUGUCUUUGUCACGGGUUUUGUCUGUGACCUCUGCCCGUCCUGUCUGGACUUCCUGCCACCCAAGCCCCUCCCUGUGGCCCUUUUCCUGCCUUUGCCCUUGACCCCAGGCCUGUGCCCGGAAGGUGACUUUGCACGGCACUCUGGGUACCCCAGUGAGCGGCGCCCGUUAGAGUCCUAGCCAGGGCGAGAGGCCUAGCGAAGGAUCCUCUGGAGCUGAGAAGGUGGAGGGGGCAGCUUGUGAGGGCGGCGGCCAGCGCCGGGGUGGGCAGAGGUGGGCACGUCCGCCUUGCUCUUCCUCUCGGCCCUGCUGCUGGCGUGCAGGCUCUGGCUUUGGGGGGGUGCACUGUUUGACCCCCACAGCUUUCUCUGUCCACCUAACACUGCCAACGUGGACCACUCAGACUAGCUCCCGAGAGCGUCGGAGCAGGCGAGAUCUGCGCAGACGCUGCGCCCUGGUCUUUCAUCCACUUCUGGUCCCCGGUGGCACGGGAGGGCCUGGUCCAUGGAGAGCACUUGGCACGCUGCUUUUUAAACCAACGAGUGGAGACAGAGCUGCACAGUAAGAGGGCGCUGUCCAGUGCGCGGCAGUCGGCCUCCAGCUCUCGCUUUUCCAUCCCGAGCCACCCAUCGGGGACGGGAGCAAUACGCACACAUCCAGGCAGUGCCCAGACGAAGGCUGGGACACCCAGGGGCAGGGUGGCCAAGGCUGGGGAAGAGGGGACCGCCGAUGACCUCCGUGGGGCACUGGAAACUAAAGCCACUGUGUAAUCAGGACAGAACUCGCAGAACUGUACUUGAGGUCAGCAGCAGUUUUCUCGUGGCUACUAACCUGCAUUACCUUAAAAGACGACUGUUAGGAGCACCGACACCUCGAGCUAACUGCUGCUGGCAGUCAGCUGCCCACGCGCCGUCAGCUGCGUCUCCACAGCCGAUGGGAGACAGGCUGGGCCGCCCUGCCCGGCCCUGCAGGGAGCGGUGAUGUCAUGAGAUUGCCGCGGGCCCCGCCCUGGUGCCGCACCUGCUGCGCACCCAGCAGCUGACUUGGUUCUAGUCCAGCAGCUAGAUGCUCUGCGUCCAGGAUGUAGAGUUUUAAAGCUAAUUUUCAACACAACUAUUACUUGAGUUUUUGUUUUAUCCAUAAUAUUCUAUCUAGGUAGCUUUUCUUACUCUAUAUAGGGUGACAAGUUUCAAGUGUUGUCAUUAGAAAUAUUGGUGUCAUUUCUUUCUGAAUCCUUGUACCUUUAAAGGUUGUAAUUGUAAACCAGUUCUUUGUUACUACAUAUUUGCUCCAGAUUUGAGGCACAAAAUAAAAUUAAUC